AUCGGCAGCUGGGCCUUGUGGUGGUACCCAAGCUAUCCUUGGGAAGUUCGCCCUGUUCUUAUUCUGACCUCCAAGAGUGAAUUCGUCGCUGGACAAUCUCGACUACUGAGCCAUGUCCUACAAUUACGGACCACCUCCUCCGGCUCCUCCGCCCGCGCCCCCGAGCGAUGGCCCGGGUGGCUAUCCCUCAUACGGCCCUCCUCGAGGUGGUCACAGUGGUAGAGGUCGCGGUGGCUCCGAUCGUGGUGGCUACCACCAACCACACCAACCACACCAGCCUCACCAACCGCAUCAACCGCAUCAACCGCAUCCAGGCUACGGCUAUGGCCAGCAACCCGCCUACGGACCCCAGAAUCCCGCACCCUACGCCGCCCCCCCUGCCCAACCCGGCUACCCCCAGCCUCAACAACAGGCAUGGCACCCCGAGCACGGACAACAACAUCCCCCGCAGAGCGGACCGCACGCUCCUCUGCCCCCUCAGAAUUACCACCCGAACUAUGCUCCUCAGAUAUACCAGCAGCAGCCAGCUUACGGCGGUCAACCCCCAUACCAACCGGCUCCUCAACCUCCCUACGGUCAAGCUUAUCCGGCUCCGGGACCACCCAAUGCCCCCCCGGCCCAGCAGUGGGGAGCUCACCCCCAACAACCUCCGGCCCACGGUGCAUACGGCGGCGGAGGGCGAGGCGGUCGCGGUGGCUACAAUGAUCGGGGGGGACCAAAGGGACAGAUGAUGGGCCCUCCGAUUCGCAUGGGUUUCGAUGGCAGCCAGCCCCAAACAACACCCGCUCCAGUGAGCACCCCAUACCCUUAUGGCGGCCCUCCCGCUCCUCCGGCAUCCUACCCUGCCCCUUACCAAAGUUACCCGCCCCCGGCCCCUUAUGUGCCUACCCCGUCAUUUGAUGGACAUUCCGGUCCUGGUUCGCGCCAUCACGGCCGCGGCGGUUUCCAUCACAACAAGUCUCGCCCUCAGUUCGGGGGCGACAAGAACCGAGGACGCAACCACAACCAUAACAAAGCGUCGACGGUUCAGACACCCCCCACCCAGCAUCAGAAGCCUGAUGCUGCCUCGGCUGGUAAGAAGAAGAAGCGUAAGACCAACACGCUCGGCUUGACGCCUGGUGACGACUCGGAUGAAGAUGACGAGAAUGAGGAGGAGCGCCUGAACGAGAUGUAUGGCGCUGACGCCCCCAACCCCAAAUCCUCGUCUGAUAUUGCCGCGUGGAUUGCCGAGCGCCGCGCCAAGUUUCCUACCAAGAGCAGAAUCGAAGCCAGGAAGAACGCCGCCAAGGCCCAAAACGGCGAUUCCCAUCAAGCAAAGGGUAAUGCGCUGGAGCAAAGGGCCGAGAAGCUGCGGAAGCAGCUCGAGAAGGUUGAGUCGAGCAUCAAGCGAAAGCGCGAGCAGCAAGACGAAGGUGACGACAUGCGGGAUAUCGACUUGAGCUCUCCCUCGAGCGACGCCAGGUCGGACGACGAGAAGCCUGAAGUCAUGUCGACUCGUCAAGAGCCGAGCAACGUUCCCCCGCCGCCCAGGAAGGCGGACCCGACCAAGCAUUGCAAGUAUUUCUCUACAGGGGGUACCUGUGGCAAGCGGGGCAAGUGCCGCUUCGUCCACGACCCCGACGUCCGCGCAGCCGCCUUAAAGGAGCGCGAGAUGAACGGUGGCCGCAUCACCCUGCAGCAGCGCAUCACCCUCAAUGAUAAGGACCAGGAGGAUCUCGCUAUCGUCGAGACCCUCAAGUACCUUCAGGACAGGGGUGUCAUUCCCAAGAAGCCAGGGGCCGACGCAUCGGACGAGCAGCCCGAGGAGGACACGGUAGCCAACGCUGAGCUGCCCGCCACGAACGGGGGAUCCAGCAAUGGCCUGCCUCCGAUCCCGCCACCCGCCUCUUCGGACAGCAACAACAACAACACGACUAAAUACCCUGGUUGGAACAUGAGCGGUUUCGGGAACACAGGUGUCAGGCCGAGCGAGUAGGAUUCUCAACCCAAGCCUCGUGGUCGCGGCAACCGCCGCUCCCAGGGUCCAAGCUUCCGGAAACACCGCCGUCGGUGUGUACGCCGCAAUACGCUGCCAAGGAAGAAAAUGUGAUAUUUUGUGGGUGUCUCCCCAGCUGGGAGCAACCCGAUUCGUCACGUUACACAUGCGCUGCCAUCUGGUCUGACUGCUGUUCUGUUUGGUUUGCCUA